CUGCUUUAGUUCCUAUGAACUCGAAUUUAUAUUAUUUGCUGAUGACACCAGUAUAUUUUUUGAACAUAGUGACCUGGAUGUACUUACCUCCCAUCUUAACGACCAGCUCCACAAUGUUUCAACUUGGCUAAAAGCCAAUAAAUUAUCAAUCAACGUUAAGAAAACAAAACUAAUGAUUUUCAGACCAAGGCAAAUAACGUUACCUGUCACAAGGCAGAUUAUUAUAGACAAUAAUGUACUUGAACAAGUAGAUAAUACUAAGUUCCUCGGAGUUUAUAUUGAUCAGCUCCUUACGUGGAAAACUCCUGUUAGUUUUAUUGCGGCUAAGAUUUCUAAAUCUGUCGGGUUACUUUAUAAAGCUAAAUUCUAUUUGCCCUCAAAAUCUCUUCUUACACUAUACUAUGCCCUAGUUUAUCCAUAUCUUACUUACUGCAAUUUAAUUUGGGCCCCUACUUAUGUCACCAACCUGCAACGAAUUUACCUUCUACAGAAAAGAGCAGUCCGGGCGAUCUCUAAGGCUGACUACAAGGCUUCUAGUAAACCUCUUUUUGCAAAUUUGAAAAUUCUUGAUGUUUUUAGUAUCCACUCGCUCCAAGUAAGUUCUUUAAUGUACCUAUAUCAUAAUGACGCUUUACCUAUUGCUUUUACUCAAAUCUUUCAUCUGUAAAUCAGUUUCAUCAAUAUUCAACGAAAUACUCUGACGUUUACCGACCUCAUACCUGUAGAACAAAUAUCAAAAAAUUUUUUCGAUCCUGUUUCAAGGUCCUAGGAUAUGGAAUUCACUACCGAGCAACAUCAAAAACGCCCCGACUUUUAAUAUAUUCAAGCGUGUGAUCAAACCAUUUUCAGACAAUAUACAACCUAAAUACCUUAACACCUUAUAUCUAUAUUUUUCUCUAAGCACACUUAUAUACUUAAAAUACACGUCUUUUUUCUCUAUUUUUAAAUGCCGCCUAGUAUUUAAAUUGCCUGUGGGGCAAAAUCUCCAUUCCUCAUAAGCUCUGCUUCUCGGAGAUUUGCCCACCACAGUCACUCCUUCCGAGUUGUAUGCUCAUUUUAAAUUUAAUAUUAAUUAACUAUUUAGUAUCUUUCCUAUUCUACUUGCAAUUUAUUCUGUGUGGCAAAAUAGUAAAAUAAAAUAGAUAAAAUAAAAUAAAAUAAAAUAAAAUGAGGUAACUCCCUUAGGUGGGUAACCCUCCUGUCCAUAUAAUCUCUCAUUUUAAUUUGAUCACGUUUAUAUGGUAGGUGGGGUGACCCACCAAGGUGGGUCGCCCGGUCUGCUAGACCGCGUUACCCUCUCAGCCGGGGUCAAAUUUUGCCAUGUGAACGUUUCAAGGUGGGGUAGCUCACCUAGCAGGGGUCGGAUUCGUGAUACAUCAAAUUCGCGCAGAAAUCACUUAAGUGGUGGCUUCAUUGUUAAAGGUAACAAUAGAGAGCCACAGCACUGAAAGUUGCACCAAGAGCAGCAAGUGAAUGUUGAAGAGCAUUAAUCGCCAAAACACGUGGUUUUCCAGCAUUUUUCUUGUUUACGUGCUUAGCGACGAUUCAAUAAUCUUGAGAAAGCUUGAGAAAGCCCCCCUUGAGAAAGCCCCCGGGAUGGCGGGGUUGUAAGAUUGCAUGUAAAGGAGAGUUAAUUUUUAACCCCACCUAAGUGGGUAAUACCUCACCUACCUGGGGUCCCCCACCUCCAUGUAAACGGGCCUUUAAUAGCUACAACGCACUCACAUUAAAAAUAAGGUGAAUUACAAUUUUGCUACGCAUAAUGAAUAUCUAAUUAGUUUUUAGGGGGUAGGCCCAGGCUCCCUUCUACAUUUGCGAAAAUAAAUGCGGGCUGAAGGGCCAAAACUUUUUUCGGAUACCGAGCAGAAUUCGAGCAGAAUAAGCGAUUUUUACAAGCACUGCCGGCUGGCAGAAUAAGCCAUUUUACGAGCAGCCGAAUUUAUCCAAGCCUAGUUUUGAUCUUAACAAGCAAAUCAACUCUGCACGUGCAAAUUAAGCACGUGCAUGACGUACGCUUUUUAGUCGGAUUUCUUUGCCGUCGCUGCAAGAAUGGCAAAACGAACUCUUUCUUUAUGCAUUGACGUUGUCCUCAAGCGAAACACGAUGGCGAAAUAUCUGUUAACAGCGAUUGCUACCAAGCUAAGCACGGACACGAUUUGUGAAGUAACUCUAACAUAGAUCCCAAUUUUGCACAAAACGGAAGCCAAAGGAUCAGAUAUCCACAUUCUACCAGUAAUAGCUCCUUCUGUUGCAUAUACCAACCAACUGAAAUACGAACAAAGAACGUCUGAGGCCGCCAUAUUGACAAUGUAAUAAAUGCUGCUUGUUCUGAGGUUGGCGGUUUCGAAGAAAGUCAUAACAACAAGAGAGUUUCCAACUAAAGCGAUGAAGCUGAUAGCGGAUAAAACCGCUAUAAAAACUGUCGAGGUGGCUUCGGACUUGAAAUUUUCCGAUAUGAGGUUUCACUCGAGGACGCAAGCAAAAGACCACAGUUUUUUCUUUCUAUCUCUAAACUUUGAUUGAAUUAGAAACAAAAACAGUGACAGAUUUCGCUGCCGUCGCAUCAUAACUGCACGACACACAAAGACAUAUACCCCGUUCACACCAACACUUAAACAUGUUUAAAUAAUGUUUAGUUAAACUCAGUUAAAAAAAAAAACAGUUCGCAUCGCACGCUAACGCAAUCUAAACACGUUUAAGACGUGUUUAACUAAACAACCUGUAGAAGGUAGUUUAACUUUCGCGCGAAACUAAACUGCUUCAAAAUGGCGGCCCCAAAAAAAAUUCGCGGAAGAACGUGGGAGGACCGGGAGACUAGAGUUUUGCUCAAAAAUGGGGCGACGAAAACGUUCAGCUAAGAUUGAAGUCCUGUAUUAGGAAAAAGUCAAUAUGGCAAGAAAUCGGCGACUUUUUAAUGGCCUGUGGAUAUGAAGACCGCGACGGAGAAGACUGCAAAACCCGCCUCCACACUCUUAUAACGGCAUACCGCCAAUACAAAGACGAACUUAAGAACACGGGAAACGCCACACCAAGCAAAAAAACACCAUUCUUCGACGAGCUGGAUAAAAUAAGCCGAGUACACAACCAAAAGUUGUCGUCAAUUCGACAACAAUUGUUACGGCAUCAUCGUGUGAAGACGAAAGUGAAAAUAUUGAGAUCAUCCCGAAGGGCAGCAGCAGCAGCGACAACAACAGUAGUAGUAGUAGCAGCUCUUCUGAAGUGUUUCAGGAGCAUCUAUUGGCAGGUAAUUUGUAGCUUUUUCUCUCGUACAAACUGUCAGUGUUUCUUUUUUCGCAAGUGGAAGUUAUAAUAAGAACAGUUAAAAUGCCACAGGCGUCAACAAAACCUUUCCCCAAGGACGCCACGAAAAUCUGAAAACAGGAUAUUCUAUUGGGCAACGAAACAAUACUUGAAUGAUAAAACAAUAAUAGGUUUGUUUUCGAAGGCCAAUGAAAAUGGAGGUUUCCGAGAGCACCUUACAUGAAGUACACUGUGUUUUCAGAAACAGCGAAGAAAACUGAAGAGAAGAAGAAAGUUUUCACACGAAAGAAGAGGAGACUUUCAGCUGCCGAUGGUUUAAACAAAAUCGACAAGGCCUUAGAAACCUUCAUGAAUUAUCAACAAGAAGCUGACAGGCGUUUUUGGGAGGCAGAGGAAGAAAGAGAAAGAAGAGAGGAAGAAAGGGAUGAGAAACGACGAAAAGAAGAUCAGGAGUUUUUCCUCAAACUGAUGCAGGCACUCAAUAAGUGA